AUGAACAAUAUGAGCGCAUCACCCCUCGGCGAAGCAAACCCAAGUCCAGUGGGCGCCUCUCUCUACAACUCCACUGAUGCGAUGUUCUUUCCCUUUGAGACUACGCCCGAAGCAGCUGAACAUAUGGCGCCACCUUCGAACAGUGAUACCACACCAGGUCUAAUAGAUGUCAAUUUUGAAAUGGUCGCAGACGCAGACACCCAAAGGCCGUCGUACAGUGAAGAAGACACUCGCUUUAGUCUCAUCUGUGUAAUCGAAAGUCUCUUUCGAGAUAUAGCAGCCAGAUCUUUUGGCUCGAGUGCUUCUAUUCCGCUAGAAACGCUCAAGCUUCUACCCAAGUUAUUACGAACUCUGAUCAAAUUUAUCAGUGAGCUCCAAGCUAGUAAUAGCCAACUCCAUAUGAGCAAUAUACAGAUCCAGGCUAGUCAGGAAAACGGCCAAGCCAGAGAGCAGCAAAUAGAAGGCCACAUAGGUGUUCUCCAGGGAGAGAUUGAGUUAGUCAAAGACGCGAAAAUGCAGUUGCAAUUCAAAAUGGAUGAGCUGAGGCGGGAAAUGCGCGAAUUGGAGCAAGGAUACAAGAAUAUCAAGGCGCAAAGGGACCAUCUGAAGGCAGAACUCGAGCAGCUUGGGUUUAGAGUCAUUUUUGACAUUAGCGCUGAGGACUCGAGCAAGAAACACUAUCUUCAAGAGUAA